AUGUCCACGUCUUUCAGAAAGAAAUCGAGAAGAAGUCGGCAACUGCACCGACGUAAGAGAAAUUACGAGGACGCGGACUCCGAGUGGCUGCAGUGGGCAGAAGCCCGAUUCCAAGAAAUUGCCGGUCAAGAUUUGGACAUAGACAGAAAGAGCUUUAAGAAGGCUCUACAAGUACGAAAUGAGUUCUAUGCAGAUCGUUUCUUCGAUAUGUUUGAUGACGAUAAAAGCGGCACGAUAUCCAAAAGUGAAAUGCUGGAUGGUUUAUUCCUUCUAAACGAAGGAACAAAAGAAGACAAAAUUAGAUUCUUCUUCGACGUGUACGACUUGAACAACAAUGGUGAGAUCGACAAAGAUGAACUGAGGAGUCUCGUGAAGACAGGAAUGGAUGAAAGUUCGGUACAGCUAAGUCAGAACAAGCUAGAUCAUCUGACAGAUACACUGUUCACGAGUGCAGACCAAGACAGCAACGACAGCAUCUCAUUUGAUGAGUUCUUGACUGCUUUGGGGCGUUACCCGGACCUCAUAGAAAACUUCUCACUGGGUGCAUCCGCUUGGUUUAAAUCCAAACACACUGACAAAAUUCAGGAAGGUCGAGUUGGUAUCAGGACCAAAUUAGCUUCCGACAUAAGAAAUAACGCUAAGCGGAUUGCAAUUAUACACGUAAUAGCCAUCGUCAAUAUCGGCCUCUUCGUGGCGUCAGCGUAUGUAUAUUCACUCACUCCGGAUUCUAACUGGAGUUUUCUCAUUGCUCGUGGUUGUGGUAAUGCGCUCAACUUCAACUGCUCCGUAGUUGUGGUGUUUAUGCUCCGUAAGACCCUGAGUUUCUUAAGAUCGACCUGGUUGUAUCAUUUUCUACCAUUUGACGACACCAUUGUUAUCCAUAAAAUACUCGGUUACACGUGUUUUAUCCUUGGAAUAACGCAUACGUUUGGGCACGUUGGAAACGCACUGAUUUUAGAAACGUAUAAAAACUUCACGGCGGUAGAACUGCUAUUCACCAAUCCAUCCCUCAUGCCAGUUGGUCUGCGAGUCGGUAGGUUAGAGGGAAGUGCCUUCAUCACGGGCUGGAUCCUCGUUGCGGUCUUGCUUAUCCUCAUUGUCGGUUCGCUCUCGUGCGUCAGACGGUCUGGACACUUCGAGAUAUUUUUCUGGACUCACAAGUUCUGUUACAUGGCCUUCUUAUUUCUGCUCAUCCUACACGCUCCGAGAUUUUGGUAUUGGUUCUUGGGUCCGGCCCUUUUUUUAACUCUGGAAAAAUUCAGUGAGAUGAAAAUCGUCAAGCGCUUUCGGUAUGGCAAGACGUACGUCAGGGAAGUUAACCUGCUCCCAUCUGGUGUGACCCACUUAGUCUUGACGAGACCACGGCAGUUCAAGUUCAAGGCAGGCGACUACCUUUUCAUCCAACUUCCCAAAAUGGCGGCACACGAGUGGCAUCCGUUUACAAUAAGCAGCGCUCCGGAAGACAUAGAUUCUGUAUCAUUGCACAUUAGGUCCGCUGGUAACUGGACUAAGUUACUAUAUCAAUCAUUUGACGCCAUAUUGACGUCUGAAUCUAAUAAAUCCACCGUGGAAGGAGGAAACACAAAUGGCGGCUUUGAAUUACAAUCGAUGGAUGAUGGAGACGAAAAUGAAAACACCUUCACGGUUGAAGAGGUUGCCAUUGACAUGUCUUCGAGUGACUCUAAAGAUGGUUCCGAAGACGAGGAGGAGGAUGAAGAGAAACCACGCCCAGUUUUGAGGAUCAGUCGUAAGGGUUACCGUUUCUCCAAGAAGAUGCCAUUGGAUGCUUCGGUGAAGGUUUCUGCUGAUGUUGAAGCUAUUGGAGAAGAAACUAAAGGGGUGAUUCUUAAAGAUACAGGUGAAGACACUCACAAGGAAAAAUCAGAAGAAACUCAAGGUAACGCUAUUAAUGGUCACGGUACAGUUUCCCAAUCCACAAUGGAUGAUACAACUCAACAACCAGCAGCAAUCUCGGUGGACGAAACUCGUCGUAAAUCCAGCAAUAUCACAUUCGAUUUGAAAACCAAGGGUCGAAUACGCGUUCACAUACAGGGACCGUACGGUACCCCAAGCACCAGCAUCUUCCACUCAGAGCAUGCCGUAAUGAUCGGAGCAGGAAUUGGUGUCACUCCAUACGCUUCCAUUCUCCAAUCCAUCAUGUACAGACAUCGUAACAUCCUCCACGAGUGCCCGAACUGCAACCACUCCUGGGUGGAUCUGGAGAGCCAGAAGCGCGCCCUCAGGGUCAAAAAGGUUGAUUUCAUAUGGUUAAACCGUAACUACAUGGCCUUUGAAUGGUUCGUUGACCUACUCUUACAUCUGGAGAAUCAACAGAGUGAAUACUCAUUGGAUCGGUUCCUAGACAUCCACCUCUUCAUGACCGGUAUGAAGCGACUUGACCUGAAGAAUAUUGGCCUCCAAAUGGCGCUAGACUUGGUCCAUGAGAAGGAAGAACGCGACUUAUUGACGGGACUUCGGACCAAACUGCAGGCGGGGAGACCUGACUGGAAAAAGCUAUUUACAAAGAUCAAGUCUGAGAAAAAAGGCAAGGUGUCGGUGUUCUUCUGCGGAGCGGCAGCUUUAGGAUCGGUCAUCAAACAACACUGUGAUACCUUCGGCUUCAAAUUCCACAAAGAGAGCUUCUAGAAAAAGCUGAGAACAGGAAAUGUGCU